GGUUAUCUUAUGUGACGCAGAGGGUAGUCAAAAUUCCAGAUUUUGCCCCAAUCAUUUUAAAAUGGAUGAUUUCAAAGAAUACAUCCUAUUCAAAUUUGUCUCUUUUUUCUACUAGCAGAAAUUUCUCUCAACUUCUUACGCUCUCAAGGUUUUUAUCUGCGUUUACAAGUAUACUGGCUUUGGGGGUCUUCCGCAAAUCAAAAUACUGUUAUAGUCUAGAAACAAGCUGUCCACAUUGUAGGUUACCCAAUCCACAGACUCACAGGUUAUACAUUGAUUUCGAUGAUACUGCAACCGAUAUAAAAUUAAAUGAAAUCAAGGCCCAAUUGGAUUUAACCGAGAAAUCAAGAAGUGAACUGCAAUUACAACUAGAUGUGACUGAAAGUAAUUUUUCUGGUCUUCAAAUAAUUCUUUCUGAAGCAGAGGAAAAAAUAUUGGAUCUCAAAUAUAAAAAUGAUUAUUUGAAAGCCCAAAACGACAGCAGAGAGCAAGCAAUUGCAAAAGCUGCAGAAGAAUCUAAGGAAUUUUUAAUUAUAAUAAGUAGUUUGGAGGACAGUCUUAAAGAAGAGAUAUUAGAAAAAGGAAAACUAGUACUAGAAAUGGGAAAAAGAGUCUCUGAAUGUACAAGUUUAAAUAAUGCAAAUAAUAAACUGGAAGCGUUGGUUAAACGUAAUGAAAACUUUCUUGAUAACACUCGCAAACAGUACGAAGCAGUAGAAAGUGCACUUAAAAUAAAAAUAGAGCAGUUAAUUGAAGAAAUAGUUGCCAAAAGCGCAUUAAUAGAACAACUAGAGAAGAGAAUAAGAGAGAUCGGAAGUAAUAACCAGAAUUUCCAAAAAUAUUCAGACCAGCGAGAAAUCCAGCGAUACAAUACUUCUGAAAUAGUCAUACAAAAACUAAAAUUGGAAAGAGAAUUAGAACAAACUUUGGAUAAAAUUGUCGAGUUGGACAAUAACCACACCAGAGAUAUAGAGAUUUUAAAUUUGGAAAUUGAUAGUUUAAAAGCAGAUAACGAGAGAAAGGAUAACGAGAUUGCAAAUAGAAGAGAAGAGCAUGCGAAGAUGAUGACCAGACUUAGUUCACUGGGCUCAAAAGCAACAGAAAUAGCACUUCGUAAACGCAUUGAACUUUUAAAGAUUAAAUUGGAAGAGUCGCGUAGUGAACUCGAAAGCUCUUUUAAAAAUUCUAAUGAAUUGAACCACUGUAUCUCAAAGAACAAAGCUGAGAGUCAAUUGCUAGAGGGCGCCACCUCCAGUGUGAUUAAAUAUUCGUCUGCAGUCGAACCCCAAAACAAUACUACCUCCUCAACGAAUCAAAUAGAGAGGUUUUAUAAUAACACAAGUGUUGUUAUUAGAGGUGUACCUGACAGGGAUAUUAAAGAUCCACUGGCUGAUACAGUGUUAAUGCUUACAGAAAUUAUGAAUUUGCCGUGCACGGCUGCAGAUAUUAAAAAUGUAUACAAACUCAACCUCACAUUUAAAUUGAGAAAUACUAUGCAGAAAGGUAAAACAUCUUUAGUUGUAACUUUC